UUAGGGAUAGUCGGGUUAGAUAAAGAAUCAACUAAUUGAAUGGUUCAAUAACAUUUAAUGGACCAAUCAUAGGCCACUAAAUCGAAGAACGAUUAUCAUCUCACUAUUGAUUCAAUAAAAUGUGUGUUAAGUGAUUUUUCAAGCAACCUAGCAUUAAUAUUUUUAGAUUUUAAAUUCAACCAUGUCGAAAGAAAUUAUUGAACAAGUAAACCAAGCUGACGAACUUACUAAAUCAAAACUAUCUGAUGAAAAAGGACUACUUCUUGAAAACAAAAAGGAUUCAUAUGACUCUAGUAUUUCUAAAAAAUGUGUGGAAAAUAAUACUGACAUAAAAGAGAAUUACAGUGGAGAAAAAGAUGCAAUUUUGGAUGGAGGUUUUGAAAAAAAUAUAAAGAUUGAUGAUCAAAAUGAUAUUAAUGAAGAUAAUGAUAAGAAAAAUAUAGGGGAGAACGACAAAAAACAGAAGGAUGAUUAUGAGAAUAAACAACUUCCAGAGAUUGAUCAUGUUGAAAUAUGUGUUGAGAAUGUGGAAAAUAAUAUUUCUGUAAAGAUAGAUGAUGAAAACAACGAUAAAACCAAAGUUGUGGCAAAACCUCUAGAGAACACUAACCUAAAACAGAAUGAUAACGGUGAAAAAGAGAAAAUUUUUACUGAUGAAAAAAUUAAAAUUGAUAAAAAUGAAGAGAAGUCCAUGGAUCACAAUGCUGAUGAACUCAAGAUAAAUUUGAGUGAUGAUAAAAUGGAUUCCAUGCCGAAAGACAAUGUACAAAAAUGUGAAAAUAAUACAAAAAACAAAAUUGAAGAUAAUAUUACAACCAUAAUAGUUAACCAAAAUGAAAAAAACAAAGUUGGCGACAAACAUGCAGAAAAUAAGGCUGAUAUAAAAGAGAAUAAUGACGAAACAAAAACUAAAUCUUUGAAUAAAGAUUUUGAAAAAAAUUCAAAGGUAGAUGAACAAAAUAUAAACGAUAAUGAAGUAAAGAAUAAUACAGUAGAGAACGACAAAAUAAUGGAUGCUCAAGAUAAUAAUAAACUUAUGGAGAUUGACAAUGUUUCUAAUAUUGAAAACCACAGCGAGAAUGAUAUUUCUGUGACGAUGGACGCUGAAAAUGAUGAUAAUACUAAAGUCGUGGGAAAACCUUUAGAAAAUGCUAACCCAAAAGAAAUUAAUGGUGAAAAAGAAAAAAAAUUUACUGAUGUUGAAAAAAAUAAAAUUAAUGAAAAUGAAGAAAAGCUGGCAGAUCAUGAUGCUGAUGAACCAAGGAUAAAUGUGAUUGAAGAUUAUAUGAACCCUAUACCGAAAGACGGUGGAAUGAAUUUGGCCGAAGGUAAUCACAAUUUGGAGGAACACGUUCAAGAGGAGAUAAAGAAUGAAACUGAAAAUGAAGAAAAACUCAAGGAUCCAGACGCUGAUAAACGAGAAAUAAAUUUGGAUGAAGGCAAUGACAAUUUGAAUGAACACGUUAAAGAAGAGAGAAAGAAUGACAUUGGAAAAGAAGAAGAGUUGGUGAAUAAGGUUGCUGAUGAUCUAGGGAUAGAUUUGAUUGAUAAUUGUAUGAAUCAGAUCCCCAAUGAUGGUACACAAGAAAGUAAACAUAAUGUAAUUAAUGAUUCUGGUGAACAAAAAAAAUAUUUGUUAUGUGAUAAUGACGAUUUAGAGGAACACAUUCAAAAGAAGAGAAAGAAUGAAAAUGAAAAUCCCACCAAUCAUGAACAAGAAGUAGAUAAUGAUGAGCCGGAGAAAUACAUUCAUAAGAAGAGAAAGAUAAUUUAAGUACAUUAUAAUUGAUUCCAAGAUUAUUUUUAAAUUAUCAAUACAUUUUGAAUAUAAAAAAAAGUAAUUACAAA